AGCAGUGCUGGGAUCAGUCCUGCACAGAGGCAAGCAGCCAUUCAAAUUCACUCUGCAUGGCUAGCGGUCCUACACUCACGCACCCCUUGGUGCUGCCUGCUCCAGUAACUCUGCUCAACAGGGCUUAGCCAUGAGAUUUCCCCCAACACCCAGCAACAGAUGGUGCCUCCAGCAGCAUCUCCCUACACCCUCAGCAGCACCCAUCACACCUCUACAACCAGCAGCACGUCUACAACCUCAGCCACACCCUGCCACAGCCCCACUUCCCCAGCAACCCCCAUUGUCCCUCCUUGCCAAGCAGGACAUAGUGCACCCCAACAGGCAGGAACAUCUUUACAACCCCACUUACCCUCCCUCUACCAAGCAGCUUCUCUACACUGCCAGCAGCACCUGUGGGACCAGCAGCAUCCACAACACCAUGCAACCCCAGCAGCACUUACUGUUGCUCUACAGUCAGCAAAACUCACUCUAAUCCUACCCCCCAGCACCACUCGUACUCCUGCAGCUGCACCCACUGCACUUGGCAUCACCCACUGCCUCUACACCCACUCAUCCAUUUUGUGUGUGUGUGUCCCUGUGAAUAGCUGGUUGUGUCUCUGUGACAGCAGCAGUGUCUGGUAUCAGACUCUGUAACUAGGGGAAAGGGGAAGGAUUUCACUCAGCCAAAGGGAUCCACUGAUAACCAGAGAGGUAGAGGGAGGGAACUCAGAGUGCCAGCCUGCAGCAAGACACAUGCAAGGGGAGCCCUGAAGGAGCUGCACCCUUCAUGGAGAUGGCCAGAGCAGGUUUCAUUUGCCUACUGCUGCUGGGGAGCUGGGCCCAGGGGCCUCUUCCCUCUGGAGCCUCUCUCCUCUCCCAGGAGGGAGACCUUCCCCUAAGUGAGGACCUUCUGCUGCCUGAGAAGAUCAGUGAGACCACGCCACCCAAUCCUGACAUCCACCUCAUCCGGAGCAAGCCAUCUGCCCACGUGAGGCCAUAUAGCCUGUCCCGCUCUCUCAAUGACUACCACUACUCCCCCAAGCCCAAGCAUCUCAGGGCCCCUCGGUUGUUGAAGCUGCUGGGCCCCUCAUACGACCCCUUCUGGAUGUCCCUGCAGGACCCACGAAGCCGCAACACCAGUCUGGAGCAGCUGGGCACUCUGAGCCAGGACCUGGCUGAUGGCACCAGCCGUUACCGGAAGAAGCUGCUGCAGGAGGCUGAAAAUGUGGAGCUCCCUGUCCUGCUGCCCCCUGAGGAGGGGAUGGCCAGCAACCUAAGCCAAGCUGUCGCCCACCGCCUCCGUCGGUGGCUGGUGGACAGCGCCACCUGCCACCUGACCUCAUCCUGGGUGGAUCUGGGGCCUGUCUUCUGGCCGCGUUGGGUUCGCCACACAGAGUGCGACACCUCCCACACUGGCUGCUCCUGGCCUCCUGGCAUGACCUGCCGUCCUGCCCAGUUCACCCACAUCAAGCUCCUGGUCUGGCACUGCUGGAUGAGCAAGGACCCAGCCAUAGACACGGGUAGGAUUCUCCAGCAAUGCACCUGGAGGCAGAUCCCCUACCCAGUAGUGUCUGCUUGCAAGUGCUCCUGUCGGUAAUAGGACAGUGAGGGGCAGGGGGCUCUUCCCCCACUGGAGGGGUGGGGUCACGGGUGCAUUGCCACCUCGGUGCUCCUUCAGGGGUUUGCUGUCAUGUUGCAGCAGUUUGAAAUCACCUGCGCAGCCAAGGCUCGAGAGGCUGAGCGAAGGACGGCAUGAUCCCACCUACGUUCCCUGCUGCAGAUAGAGCUGGGAGUCCUCUCCAGAUGUUCUCAUCUCCACCUGGAUCAGCAAGAUAUCACAGAGAGAUACUCCUCUGAUUUCUCCACCCACUACAGCCAGGAUCCAGCAUCCUCCUGGAGGAAGUCCUGAGGGUGUGGAAAGCUGGGGAUCCCUAGAAAAUUACAGAAGAGAGGGAGCCAGAACUUGGGCUCCCCUCCCAUAUCCAAGGGAAUGAAGCCAGGAACAGAGUGCCAUGGGAACUGGGGGCACCACUAGUCAUCUCAGGUUUAGAUUCCUAAUUCUACGGCUUUGGGAUCCAUGGGGGCAAUGUGCUACCGAAAUGCUGGCAACGACUAUUACCAAAAGGAAGCCCUGCUCUGUGUGUACAGA